AUAUUUAGUUUAGUUGAGAUUUUUGUCUCACUUUGUAUUUCAUCUCAUGCAUUUCUCAAGUUUCAAGACGAAACCAAACUGAGAUUUUAAGUUUGGUCGAGGGAAAGGAUUCCGUCUGACUCGAAUUGUUUUUCCUGCAUUCAUUCAAGCACACAACGAUCGAGCAAGCUUUAUUUUUCGUCUAAUUAUUCCUUUCAGUAGGCUGUCAACAACAGUAUUAUUUAGCUAAUUGUUGGAAAAACGUUGCAUUAAACUAAACUCUUUCAAGGUUUUCAAUGUAAGAUCAAGCAUGAGCAUGGUUUAGUCGCUAUUCAAAAGAACGAUUAGAUGAAGCUCUCUAAUUGAUGAACUUCAAUCCCUUCAUCUCCUAUCUUUCUCUAAAAAUGAAUUCGCCAUGACGCCACAUGUCACACCGGCAGCGGCACUGCCCGCACUACAGAAUGAUCCGAGUGAGAGCGAAGACGUGUUAUUUCAUGUUUUCCUCCCCUCCACAUUCACCCCCAAUACAAAGCAUCCGACCGAAAUCAAUCCUGUCCUCCUCCCAUUAAUGACCACAGUCUUGUCCAAAGUCUUGCCAAAUGAGUCCAAAACAUGGCAAUCGUUCCAAUUGUGGGAGGCACAUCAACCAAACUUAGACCCCACACCGACCGCGGCUACGAUUGAUUCAUUAGAUGUAGGACAAACGCUUCCGAUUUGUGUUUUCGAACAAAAUGCGGCCAUACUGAUUACUCAACAAGAGAAUGAUCGCCUUACUUUUUCUACGUUUCGUCUGUCACUCCCUUCCGAAAAAGUCAUGUCCAAUUGCUCAACUUUUGCCUCCAGUUAUCCUACGAAUACAGUAACGACGCCGAAAAGUAAGUUGCUCACAUCUAAGGCCUUGGUGAGACAGUUGGCAGAUUUAAAUGAAGUUGACAUGCGUGAAAGUGUGGCAACCGUGAAAAAAGCGAACAUGAACGUAAUAGAGAAGAGGGACGUCUCUGAUCCAAUAUAUAUUUCAAAAUGGCUCUUGUCCGUCAUUUCAAAUAGAGAUAGUCGAGCUAGUGAAUACUCAGAAUUUCCGCAUGUCUUCAAAAAGGUUCGUGAUAGCGUUCGAAUUAAGGAGGGUAUAGUUCAUCGACGAUCUGGAAUGUGGACCUGUGUAAAAGUGACCUUGCAUUUACUCCUCCUCAAAGAAUAUGGGUUGGAAGUUGGAACCUUCCUCUACAAAAUUAUCCUAAUCCAAUUUAUGGUCCACCUAAUAAAAAAUCGACUUGAAACUGAAAAUAUUACUCUUUUGGAAUACCUGGCGAAAAUAGCCCGGCGUGUCUUUAAAUUGGACAAACUAUAUAAGCGUCAAGAAUACCCACCCUGGAUAAUGGACCUUUACAAUGAAACGUUACAAUUAACCGCAAACUCUUGUCAUGCUCACCACGACAGAUUAAAGAAGGCGUCGGCUAAAUUUAUCGAGGAGAGCAAGAAAGAAGCAAAAUUUGAUUUAUCAGACAUAAAACUGUGGUUGAAGCAGACAUUGAAAUUUAAUCAUUUUUCAAGUUUAUUCAAUGCUGGGAGUACUUUUGAAAGGGUUACCAAAGUUUCAAAAUUGCAAGCUCCCAUCCAAGUCCAUGGGAUACGUCAUCGAGACAAUAGAGAAUUGUUUAACUACGCCUUUCUGGACGGAAUCCUUGUCAAUAAAACUCUGACAAUGUAUGAUUUUGAACGAAACGUUGGCUAUUGGCAGCACUCAAUUGGUAGUGCGGAUGGAAGAUACGUUUGGGAAGGAUUUUUAAAAUAUUACAAACUUGGGAAAGAAUUUUACAAAUACGAUUGUGUCGGCUACUCACGAUUUAUCCUCACUCUCCUCAAAAUUAUCCGCUUAUGGGAAGAAGUCGUUUGUGAAAGAUAUCCACUGUUACUGGAACAUCGUGCCGGGGUGGAUUUGACUGUUGGAAAAGAUUUGUUACUUACGAAUCGAAUGGAUUUAGUAGCACUUGCAAAAAUCGAGACAUAUUUUUUGAGAAGGGAUAAAAAAGCUACUUUUCCAAGUUUGAUUGAGGAAGUGUCUCCAACAAUGGAAUCGUUUUCACAUCGAUUUGUGGAUAAUCUUGGUUCUGGGCAGAAGUUCCGAGAUGUGAGAAAUUAUAUUUUAAAUUGGGGACAGAAACAAGUGGAGAAGAAAUUGGUUGAAGUGGGAGAAGCGAGGAGAAAGUGUCAAAUUUUAGAGGGUAAAGCGCGACAAAUUGAGUGUGAGUAUGUGGUUGAUAACUGGAAAAGGAAACAUGUUCCGAGCUGUCAAAAGUGCCAACUUAUUACACAAGAAAGGAAUAUGAGGGUUGGAAUAUUUGAAAGUCCUCUUCCGGUUGGAGUAAAUGUACAAAACAGCGUGGUUUUUGAAUUGAUGAUUCCCGAACAAAUUGGCGUCCUUCGUGACUUAUUACAUAUUUUCAAUCAAGAAAUAACGGGGAAUAUGAACACGACAGAGUUAUAUGGUCCAUGGCACGACUAUGCUCAAAUAAGGACAUGCUGUAUAAGGGACAAAGCCUUUUAUGUUAGCCUGUGGAGUGAAAAGAAAACCUUUCAAGAGACACAUUACUCGAAAUUACAUCCGUCAAACCCUGACGCUGAUUUUAUUAAGGUGAAUGGGUACAAUUGUGUGUACGCUAGUCAAUUUUUCGACCACCCAACUGACGCUCGAAGUGGACAACUCGUGACUAUGAGAGGACCCGGUUUAAAGGCAAAAACUACACUGAGAGUUGAGAAAAGAUCGAAAUAUUCCUUUAUGCAGGGUGGGAUCAAUGGAGAUCUGACACAGAAUGAAGCAAUUGCUAGACAAAAUGAAUGUCAUCCCGAUUUGUCAUUGACCGAAUUUGUUGAAUUCCAAUCGUUACGGAGUGUAAAGAAUUUACAAUUUCGUGCCUUAUUUCGUUGCAUAAACGCUGGAACAUUGAGCUUAAAAGAAGAGUCAGUAUUCAAUCUAGUUUGUCAAGUCAUGUGGAACGUUGGAGAUCGGACGAAUAAUGAAUAUUUAAGAAGUAAUCAGUUAGAUUUCAGUUGCAAUGAAUUCUGUGAAGAAUUUCUGGAUUUAUUGGAUAAAUUAAGGGCAAAACAUGAUCAAAAUUGGAAAGAUCACUACGUUGUCUUAACCAUAAUAUACCUAACCCAAACAAUCUGUCAAUUGAAUCCAGCCGUCGAAAGGAAAGGAUUCAAACUGUUAGGAAAUUGUAGAAAAGACACGGUUCGCUGGUCCGCAGAGAUUCAACGGAUUUUAUCAUCUCUUACGUCCGCUCCUCGAAAAGAAGUCGAUUCUCUCAGAAUUAAGCUAAUUGAAGUCAAUUGUUGUAUUGCGUUAACAUUUCGGGUGGAUGAAAUAUUUUUAUAUGAAAUCAUCGCCGAUGGAACCUUUAUUGAGUGGUUAUUGGCAGUCGCCCGAAUCCACGAUAACCUAGUUUUGCUUGGUGAUUCAGAGUACAAAUUGAAAUUCAGUCUUAAAAAUAUGGUCAGUAGGAUUGAGGAGCUGGGAGUUGAUUUAGAGCCAUUCCUACAAGAAGGAGUCAGAUGUAGCGACUUGUUAACUUCCUUUGUUGAAAAACACCAUAGUGGAUCCUGUGUUUGGAAAAUGCGAGAGAAACAAAACAUGCGAUGGAAUAUGCUGCAAGAUGGUCAAGUUUAUUAUUGCGAGAUUCAUCCCGUUGACGGUUUUGGUGAAGUAUCUCGAAUUCAGAUGGAUUUAAUAAAAGGUCAAUUUCUCGUGGAUGGAUGUCCCGUUGGAUAUUUACCUGUCACAAUUGAGAAACAUCGCGAUUUUCAAAGAGCGUUUGGGGAGGGUAAAUCGUUUGAAGUUGAAGCGUUCGCUUUUCAACCUGGCAGAAUGAUAACCAAAGACAAAUUCCUCGGAUCAAACUACUCAUUUUAUCUGACGGACAGUAAACUGACGAUAAUCGAACAUCGAGAAAACGACAUUCAACUAGAGUUAAUCGAUGACGGGCGAUUCCAAAAAAAUAUUCCCGACCUACUAAUUGAAAACUAUACCCACUGGUUUAACUAUAAGGCUGGACAGUUUGAGUUCUUCAAAAAAGAUUUUAAACUAGCCACCCCACAUCCCGAAUAUAUAUUAGAAUACAAGCAAAAGGAACGUGGCGUGUAUCUCUAUUGUGUAAAGGAUGAGAAAAAAGUCGUCAUAGAUGUAAACUGUCCUGAUUACUCAACCAUUUUGAAUGUUGUUGAGAGGUUGGAGCAAAGGAGGUUUACGAUCGUUUGGUGUCAAAUGAACGAGUCGAGUUUCGUUUACACGGUAGACAUGCCAAGGAUGGGGUUGACUUUUAGUGUAAGAAAUGUUGGUGUGGUUCUUGAGGAGACAACGAGGGGAAGAAGGGUGUUUACCAAUAGUAACAGGAAUAGUGGAGCACAGUCGACUUCUGGGGGAAAAAGAAGAUUGGGGGAUUUGGUUUCUAAAGAGUAUCGAGGAAUGAGAGUGAGUACAAAUCAACAAUCGUUGGAGACCUUGAUUGGUCUGAGGAAUGGAUUAUUUUUGGAAGAUGCCGACGUAAACUCAAAUGCAAAAAUGAAUUCGAUCCUCCUAGUCCCCCAUGCUCGUCCUUAUGUGAGAAACAAACAAGUAUUCAUAGAUACCACGGAUAUCCGUACCCCAGCAUUUUUCGCCUAUGAAGUGGACACAAGAUUAAAACAAUUAAAAGCUGGUGAUAGUCGAGCUGGUUGGUUAUACCUCGCUUAUCUUCACGCCUUGACCAAUUCCCAUUACGGAAUGCAGGAUCCUUUUACUGGUGUUACUGGGUACGAAAGGGCCAUGCAAAUUCUACAAUCUGGACUCUGCUUUAGUUCUGAACCAUUAGACGAAGAAAGUUUAAAGACGAUGAAAAUGUUUAUGAAGUUGUGUCCAGUUAGAGUCUUCUACCCACCAAAUACCCGAUGUCAUGAACAGAUUGAUAACAAGCAAGAAUUGCCGUUGAGAUGUGUAGGGGAUGCUUAUUAUCUCGUCAUUGAUCAAUUAAUCGACGAUAGUCAACGGUUGGCGUUUCUUUAUCCCGAAUGGAAAGGAUACGAUGAAGAUAUUGAAGAUCGAGGCUACUGGGAGGAAGACUUAAAUUGGAAGGCUUAUUGGAAUAAACAUUAUUAUAGCAACGAAGCUUCCCGGAUAAAAGGCGUGUUUCUCCCCGAAGAACCCUCUACGGAACCCUUCACCGAAUUUCUCUCCGUGGAUGAAACAGUGCAAAGCACGAGCGAAUUGGCACAAGCAUUACACACUUGGACAGCUUCUAAAACAUCCACGGAUCCUAAGACUUUGUUGAAAUGUCUAUUAAUGAGCGGUCGUGAUCUCAAAGGGAUUUUAAAAGAAGAGACAUUUCCAAUCAAGGAAGGGGUGUAUAUUUGGGCGAGAGUGGAUUUCAGGGAUUAUUGGCUGGAUUUGUAUAAUCUUGCGAGGAAAAUUAAAAAGAGAGAUCUCAAAUCAGAAUGGACAUUUUUGCUGACGUAUUUCAAUUUUAGAAAGGAUUUCACUACGGUUGAUCAAUUAAAAUUGUUACAACUUAUCGCAGUUAAUUGGGAGGAGUUCGAAAAAUUGGACCCACCAGAUUAUGAAGGUUACACUAACACUUCAGAAGUCACUUUUGAUAAGGAGGAAGUUAGAAAAACUUUGCUAAGAUAUAAAAAGUCUUGGGAGUCCUACUUGGAUCGUAACAUACAAGAGAUGAAAGAAUGGGAGAAUGAACUCGACUUUGCUGAAAGGAUGAAACCAACCCAAUUAGACUUAGUGAACUUACAAAUUGAAUCAAUUUCCAAUUUAAUAGAGAAACAAUGGCCAAUUGACAAUCUGGAAUGGCUACAAGUCGAAUAUGAAGAUCGGACUGAGAUUGAUCUGGAUAGUGCUCUUACUGAACUUGGAUUAAUGAUCAAAUCGUGGUUUAGAAACAAAGAAUUGAACGAAUUCUUGGAGAUUGUAGCAGCUACGGUGGAAUCAUUGAAAGUACAGGCAAAAAUUAAAAUGCCUGAUUUCAAAAAAAUAUUUAGACAACAUCGGAGGGAUCAUCUUGAAACAUUCUGUUACCGUCCUCGUGUGACGAUCGACUUCGCAUCACUCUCCUCUAUCAAAGAAUUCAAACAAGGGGAACAAAGUAAAAUUGAAUUAGCAAGACAAAUUUUCCACGUGACCAAUCACUCACCAAAAAUGGCAAAAUUACUAUCGACGGAUAACGACGUCCCUGACUUCCCGUUAGAACUCGCAAAUGAUGAUCCCAUCUUGUGUGACUAUAUGCAGGAUUUGAAAACCAGUUGGGGUUUACACCAUCGGGAAUUGAAGCGGUCAAAGUCCUUGGCAAAGAAUAAAUUGUCUUAUAAAGACCAAUGGGAAUUUUUAGCGAGGGAGCAAAGGAAGCAUAAAAUGGUUUGGGAAGAAUUUUGGGAAUUAUGUAAACAGAAAUUUAUUCCCUAUGGGCCGAUAGGUUCUAAACCCAUGGUUGAUCAGAUAUUACUAAGUGCAGAGCUAUUCCCUCGAAUUGUCCCCUUAACAAUGUUAAAAAUGUUGCUGGAGACUCCAACUACAUCAUUUGAAACGGAUCUUCGUGACUUAAUUGGAGCAUAUGCUGUGGAGAUGACAUUUGAGCAAAAAUUUUCAAGAUGCAUUCGAUAUGCUAAAUCUAAUAAGGAUUUGACUGAUUUAGAGUUACAACAAGAAUUGGCAAAUAAUGGGCAUGAAAAUUGGAAUCCCUCCGAGAGACCGGACUGGCUUUUAUUUGAAAUUGAAUCGGAUCUGCUUAUCCGACCCGUCCAGGCCACAGUAGCCGAUCGUAUGAUCAAACCACCAAAAGGAGAAAAUUCUGUGAUACAAUUAAACAUGGGAGAGGGAAAGACUUGGGUGAUUGUUCCUUUACUUGCGUUGUCUCUAGCAAAUGGAAAUGACUUGUGCAGGAUUACAGUUUUGAAGAGUCUGUUUCAAAUUAACAAAACGUAUCUAAGUUUCAAGAUAGGAUCUCAGUUAUUAGACCGAAGGAUUUAUUGUUUUCCAAGUCGACGAGAUUUUAAGAUCGGCGUCCCCCAGUCAAAGGCUAUGAUGGAUAUUUAUGAAGAAUGUUUAGAUCUCAAAGGAAUCGUACUGACAUUGCCAGAAUAUCGACUCUCUGCAGAUUUAAAAGCUUUCGAAAGAUUCCAUGCAGGAGCAUUUGAGGAUGGUAUGGGUUUAUUCCGUCUUCAAAAAUGGAUAAAAGAAAAUGUGCGUGAUGUGUUGGAUGAGUCGGAUGAAAUUCUGCAUUGCAAAUAUCAAUUGAUUUACACCCUUGGGAAACAACUCCCCGUUACUGGAGGGACGAUCCGAUGGACAGUAAUUCAAGAUAUUUUAAGUGUUCUCCCUCAGGAGUUGAGUUUGCUGCAUGAGAAAAUGGGGCCAGGUUUUGUUGAAUUUAAAGAACGCAUGAAGGAAAAUGCGUAUCCAUUUUGCAGGAUUCUAAAGGUGGAAUGUGCAGGAGAGUUGAUAUCCUCCCUAGCGAAGAGGAUAAUCAGUGGGAAAACGCCCAUCCAGAUCCCACGCCUCCCACAAAAACUUUUUACGCCCUUAUUUGAUUUCUUUACGAAAGAGGAACUUUCUAGGGACGGCCUAAAUCUUAUUUUGAAAUCCUUUUCGGAAUCCAUACAAGAGUUGUUUUUAGUAAUUCGUGGCUAUUUAGCAUGUGGCGUCUUAGUAAAUUGCUUAACGAAACGAUGGCGUGUGAAUUAUGGUGUAGCUAAGGUUCCAACUCAUUACUAUCGUCGUAUGGCUGUUCCAUUUCGUGCAAAGGAUGUUGCCAGUGAUAGGAUUGAAUUUGGCCACCCGGACGUUGCUAUUUUGCUAAGCCAACUUUCUUAUUAUUAUUCUGGAUUGACCGAUGAACAAAUGGAACAUUGUUUCGGGGCACUUCUUCAUUUGGAACCAAAUCCACCCUUGGAAUAUUCCAAAUGGGUUUCAUUAAUCUCAGAGGAAAAAUUUCCGAACAAGAGCAAAAUUCGAACGCUUAGUUCAAUUAAUUUCAAUGAUUUCUUUCAAAAAACAGAGAUUGUCUUUCCACUACUGAGAUAUAAUCGAAACUUGAUUAAUUUCUACUUGAGCAAAGCCGUAUUUCCUCAAGAAUCUAAGCAAUUUGGGUGGAAAAUCGGCUGCAGUCCAUGGGACCUAUGUAACACGUUCACCACGGGUUUCAGUGGAACAAAUGAUUCAAAAAUUCUUCUCCCUUCAACAAUCCGUCAACGUGAUCUUAACGAACUUAAAGGGACCAAUGGAGGAGUUUUAGCAUCUCUUCUCUUGCAAUCUGAAAAUUAUGAAGUGUUGGCAAAAGCAACUGCAAUUUCCUUGUUGAAAAAACUAGUAGAAGCCAACAUUCGAAUUUUGCUGGACGUUGGUGCCCUCAUGUUGGAAUUGGACAAUGAACAAGUCAGUCGAAAAUGGUUGGAAUUGCUACAUGAUGCAAAUGUCAGCGUCGAUGCGGCAGUAUUCUUUGACACGAACGAUAAGUUGAUGGUGCUGGACAGAAUGAACAAUAUUAUUCCAUUUGAACUGAGCACGUUUAGAAGUCGACUGGAUAGAUGCUGUAUCUAUUUGGAUGAUGCACACACGAGGGGCACUGAUUUAAAAAUACCAAAAGGAAACACUGCAGUGGUCACCUUGGGGAAGGGGGUCGGAAAAGAUAAACUUGUUCAAGGCUGUAUGCGGAUGAGAAAAUUAGGAAAAGGGCACAAUGUUGUAUUUUGGGCAUCAAGCGAAGUAGACGAAUCUAUUAAAUCGUUUCAUGGAAAUGGUCAAAUCACUGCAAAGGAGGUUUUGCUUUGGGCCAUAAAAAAUAAUCAACAACAAAUUCGAGAUGGGUUUGUCCAUUGGUCGUCGGCCGGUGUCUACAUGGCUCAAAAACUGAGUAGUCUUCAAAUCUUUGAAAACACGCUCCAGCUCAACACAGAUCUCGUCGUUCUGUCUGAAAGUUGCUCUCAAAAGGAACAAAUUGACCUGAAGGCAAUGUAUGGCGACACUAGGCAAAUUGUGGAAUUUCCCGUCAUUGUGGAUCAUUUGUUGAAGAGGGUCAAGAGGGAAUUGGCCAAGGUUUUAACGAGGAAAAGCAGUUUAAAGCUGGAUUGCAGUUCAAUUGUCGAAGAAUAUGGACAGUGUGUUGUAGACCACGUUCAAAAAUACGUACCAAACAUGAUGCGAAGUAAUCAAUUAUUAGAGGAAGAACAAGAGCGUGAGUUAGAAUUGGAAUUAGAAGCUCAAUGUCAAAAACAGCUCCCACUGCGCGCUCGAGCAAUGGAACACAGCACGUGUGUAGAAGUUCAAAACUUUAUUCUCUCUGGAUCUCUCCAUGAAAUUGAGAAAUGGACUCUAAAACUUCCUCUCGCAUUGCAAAAUACAUCCGUGUGGAAAUUUUGUAGUUCAGAUCGUUGGGGGAAACAUAUUUACUGCUCGAAAGACUUCGUAUCUGUUGUAAAAACGGACAAGAAGAUCAGUGAUGAUUAUCUCCGUCCAGUGGAAUUUUUCGCUUCCGUCAAAUUUGACGAUAAAACGGUCCUUUUACUACUUUCAAACUAUGAAGCUGGGAGUUAUCUCGAUUUGUUUAGAUCUUGUAGUACGAAAGCGACGCUACACAUGCAUUCUGCACUGAUUGGUGAUGCACAACAGAGUUUACACGACAGGGUUAAACUUUCACUGCCAAAAAGGGUUGUUGGAUUUGACAGAAGUUUGAAUCCUGCAUUGACUUUGUUUUCGGGUGGAUUUCAUUUUAAUGGGGAGGACGAACAAAAUGAUUAUGCUUAUUAUUUAGGUUAUGUCACGGGAGAUGUGCCAGAUGAAAUUUUGGAAGAAAAUGGGGUCGUUUGUGGGUGGGUUAAAAAAGAAUUCUGGGGGAAAUUGGGUACUGGUGCUGGCGUUGAAGUUGCAAUGAUUUUUGAUGAAUGUCCAGAAUUAAUGGUUAAAGAGAUAUUAAGAUUAAGAUGGGGAGUUAGGAAAAUUGGAAGAGAUUGUGGAGUUGGUAAAGUUGUAGGGGGAUAGGGUAGGUUUUAUAACAGAACGGCGGUACCAAGAUUAGCUAUAAUUAGUUGUAUUCAUUUUACAGAUUAGUUAAGUUCGCUGUUCGCUCAACUAAAAUUAGAGCUAAAUUAUGAUUUAAAAAAAAUAUUGAAACUGAAACAUUAGAUAAUUAUUUUUGUCAAUGAAUUAUUUACUUAUUCCGUCCAAGAAUGAAUGAUACAUACAUUCCAAAUUUUCAAUAAUACGAAUAAAUGCUGAAUUUAAUUCAAAA